AUGUCGAAUCAAAGUGACUUAAUUUUAUCCAGACCGUAUCUUACUAAAUCACAACUACAGAAAUCCCAGAAAUAUAACAUUCCUGAUCGCCGAACAUAUAACCAAAAGAGGAUAUUGGUGUUCAAAUAUUUAUGCCAAUUAUGUGUUCACCUCAAAUUACCAAGGAAAGUUUUGGAAGCGACAAUGUACUUUUAUCACAGAUAUCAUGCAUUCAAUAAAUUCGAGACCGAAAUGUGUUAUGAUGUUGGAACGAGUUGUUUAUUUUUAAGUUGUAAACAGGUUGAAACGUUUAAGAGAUUAGGGGAGGUGUGCAGUACGGCAUUAAAGAUUCGUAAUGUACCUCGUGUAACGCCGGAUAUGGUUGAUGCUUUUAAAAAGAGAGUGAUGCAAAUGGAGCUACGAGUAUUAGAAACUUGCUCCUUUGAUUACAGAGUCAACAACGAAGUGCACAUAGAUGAGUUUAUAGUCAAAAUUGGCCGUGAACUCUCAUUACCUUACAGCUGUUGUCGACUGGCAUGGCUUAUAGCCUUCGAUGUAUUAAAACUCGAAUUGCUCAUUACCGUCCCACCUCAUACCAUAGCAUUGGCGGUAUUGAAACUUGCAUGUGAACUACUUAAUGAAACAAAAUGGCCCAAUGUUCGAUAUAAUUUAUUUGAAACGGAUGCGGCUUCUUUUCAUGAAGCGUAUUUCGAUAUUCUAAAUUUUUAUAUCAAUGUCUUCGAUGCAUGUGAUUUAAAAGACCAUGAAACUGUCAAAUCUUUAAACCUAAAGAUUGAAACAUUCAUUGAAAUAAAAAAGACCGCUGGCCCUGAGCAGGGACUAAAGGUUGAUCCAAUAGCAUUAGAUAAAGACGAUUACGUGUCAAAGGAACGGAACUUUGCUGUGAAAGAAAGAAGAUAUGUUUUGAACCAGAACUCUCUUCAAGAAGAAUCGAUAUCUACCAAAAAAAGAUCUAUCAGUGAGGUUGAAUGA